CGCUGCCCAUAAAUGCUAGUAGACACAGAUAACAGCCGCGUUACAUCACCCUUACCACUGUAGUUUACCUCCGUCAGUAUCUUCCUGGACUCCACUCCAACACCAGCUACCUCUCCCAUUUCUACCCUUAUAUACUGAAUUCCAACUGUCCACCAACCAUAAUCCCUUGUUGACUGUCGAAGUCAAUAUAUCCCUGACAUUUCGUCUCAUCCGUCACCAGGAUUUAUUUCAAGUCGUACAAUUCGUCAGCGGCCGUAUCCCUAAAGUUACAAUAUUGAUGGUACAAAUAUCGAUGGACUUUUGAAAUCUAAUUGUGAAAUUCCUUAGUAGUCCUCCCCCACCCCUCCAGUUCCUCCAGUAGUUGUCCCUGUCCAUAGGAGGACAGUUAAUCCCUCCUGAACAAAGACGGGGGCGUGACGUCUCGUCUGCUAUGGACAGUGUCAGUAUCGGUGGCGACAGCACGAGGAUUAUGGUCACCAAUGAAUUAGUCGACCCAGCUUUCGUCCCCGGCGAGGACGAACCAACCUAUUUACAUGAUGGCUCAGCCGCUGUUCAGGAACCGAGGGAGUAUGACGAGGUGGUGCCUUCCUGCAAUGGUCAUUACGAUGGGGAGCCUGAUGGAAAUGAAGUUGAAGGAGGACAAAGAAGUCUUCCAUCAAGCAAUAACUCUGACCACUGUCAUGCUCCUCGACUUGGUUCCCGAGCAUCCCGGCAAGCCAUGAAGAAGCUCUUUGUGGCAUGUGGCCUUACAACAAUAUUCAUGAUUGCUGAAGCUGUAGGAGGGUACAUGGCUAAUAGUAUUGCUAUUAUGUCUGAUGCGGCUCACUUACUCAGUGACCUGACAUCUUUCAUUGUAUCCUUGGUGGCAAUAUACCUUGCCAUGCAACCUGCUUCAAAAAAGAUGAACUUUGGAUAUCACAGGGCAGAGGUGUUAGGUGCUGUAAUCAGUGUGUUGAUCAUCUGGGUCAUCACAGGCAUUCUAGUUUAUGCAGCCAUUCAACGUGUCAUCUCCAUGGAAUUUGAAGUUGAAGCGGAUACUAUGAUCAUUGUGUCGGCUCUAGGUGUUGUUAUUAAUAUCAUCCUUGGCGUUGUCCUUCAUGUUGGUGGAGGGGAACAUGGCCACAGCCAUGGAGGACGGAGUCACGGCCACAGUCACGGAGGACAAAAUCAUAGCUCCAGGUCCGGUGGAAAUAGCACUCCCGCUGAGCAGAAUGCACCAUCCUCCACAAAUGUUAAUGUCAGAGCAGCCUUCAUUCAUGUAUUGGGAGAUUUAAUACAAAGUGUUGGUGUUUUAAUUGCUGCAUAUAUUAUUAGAUUUUAUCCACAGUAUAAAAUAGCAGACCCUAUCUGCACCUUCCUCUUCUCCAUCCUGGUGAUGAUAACAACAAUACCAAUCCUGAAGGAUCUGGGUACUGUUUUGAUGGAAGGCAUGCCACCAGGGAUCGACUAUGCACAAGUUUGUUCAAACCUAACGGCACUACCUGGUGUGAAGAUGGUUCACUCGCUACAUGUUUGGGCACUUACUCUGGAUAAAAAUGCAUGCUCUGUGCAUUUAGCAAUCAGUCCUGGUAGUGACCCAGAGGUUGUGUUAAGAGAUGCCCAACGCGUUAUAAGGACCCGUCACCACAUUUUCCACACAACUAUCCAAGUUGAGCAAUACCAACCACAGCUUAUGGACAACUGCCAACAGUGCCAACCACUCUCUAGAUGAGAGGCACCAGAUAUUAGGGAAUGUGCGCAUUUUGUUUACUUAAUUAGUUAAAAAAAAAAAGUUGUAUACAGUACUGUAUUCCUAUAUCGGUUGUAGAUCAGAGUUGUAUGAUUUUUGUAUAAUGUUAGUCUAAAAGAUGUGAAUAUAAUUUAUGCACUGUGGCCAAGUUGGGUUUAUAGUGUGCUAGUGUUACUGCUUGAAGAGUGGUUUAUUGGUUUAUUUUUUCAGUCGGUAUUUAACUUUAUGAAUACCUAUUGAAAAUAGGGAUUUAUAAAAGAUUCUCUGAAAUGUUAUAGAAAUGCUGCAUUAUAAAUGAAUAGCUUUUUCAUCUUAUUUAAUCAGUUCUCGAUUAUUUUAUAUUUUUUAUAUAUUUAUAUUACAAAUUAAGUUGAUUUGCUUGCAAAUAUUUUAAAAGUUUAAUAUGAGUACUGUACAGUAGUUAUAUUUUAAGAUUUUAUGAAUAUAUGUAUAUAUACAGCAUAUAUAUAUUUUUGUUUUUUGUUUUUCAAAUUUUUCUAACUUUGUAGAUGAAAAUUUUAAUGCCUCAACAGGUGCUUCUACUAUGUAAUACAAAUAGGUCUGCACAUGUGCAAGAGAAUCUGGAAUCGAAUCCUGGACAGGGUGGAACACCGUUCGUUCUUUCGCUGUUGCUUCUAUGCACUUACUGCUAAUUAGGGACCUGGUUAUAAAGCUUGAUUCAUGUUCUGUGGGGACAAAAAUGGUGCCGAAUAAUUGGUUCCAGUACCUGGCCUAAGGCCUAAAUUUUAGCACAAAAAUGGGUUUUGACAAUUUAAUUUUUAAAUACUGAACACAUCUUUGGAUCACACACAUUCUACUUCUUUGUACAUGGCAUGAAUUAAGUAGUUAAAAGAAUUAAAUAUUUUAAAUUAUGAUGUAUAUGUUUUUAAAUCAUAACUGCAAACCUUCAAACAAACUGCAAAUCACAUCAUUUGCUACUCUGUACUGUACUUUGCUCUUUCCUCCUUUUGCCAGUUCUAAUAAAACACUUAGAUGCCAAUAUUCUGUUUAUACAAGGUACUCUUUAAGAGUGACUGAACCCCAUUUGUCUUGUUUAACUUCUUGUGUACACAAUUCAUUUAUUGUAGUUUUUAGGGAUAAGAUUUGUAUACAAUGGCACAUUUUCCGAGCUAGAUUUCCUCAGAUUUGAUACACUUGUGUUUGUCAUGUAAAACAAAGCAUAAUGUUAAACAUUCUCAACUGUUGUACCAAGUUGUAUCAAUUAUUCAAGAGGAAUGGUUUUUUUUUCUCUCUCUCUUCUCCCCUUUCACACAGUGCAGAAUUAUCAUGACUACCCCUAGACUGUAUCUGACUUUCCUGGGAUUGGAUAAUACCUGCUUGGAACAUUUUCCAGAUAAUCUCUAGACCUCCAGAUUUCUCAUAAUCACUAUUCUUUUUUGUAAAACACAUCCAUAGUCAUACUUUCAUGUCCACAUAUCUCCAUGCAAUAUUCUGUUAAAUUGAUACCCUGCAAACUUCUCAAAUUACUCAUUACCUAUGUUAAAUAUCUUGUAAAAUUUUGUGAUUACAGUAUACUGUACUACUCUAUUUUUGCACUCGUGCUUGUACUUGAGGGUUGUCAUAAUUCAACAAUCACUUCAACGUAUAGCUGUAUAACCUCAUUUUCUACAGGAUUUUUUUUCUUCCUUGUGAAGACUUUCAUUGUAAUUACAUCACACUUUUAUCUCGUUGCUCUCAAACUGCGCUUGUAAUUUCAUUUUAAUGAUUCAACCUAUUAUUCUUUACUAGAAAGUGUGCCAUACUGUAUUUACAUAUCAAAUUUGACAUGCUACUUUUGAUUCUCAUUACACACUAAUGCUCUAACUUUGAACUCUUGUAACAUUAUCCAUAUGUACACUAAAGAUCAUCAGAAUACUACAUAUCUCCACGUGUAUAUCACUGAAAUCAUCAUCAAUGGUGAAUGGUCAUCAUCAUAUGCUCCGCUUUCACGAAAUAAACAUUUGCGUGUAUGACAUAUUUGUCCCAAACAAAGCACUGACUGACUGACCAAGGCAGAAGAUUUGAUCGACCCCUCUUCUACCCCGUAUGUGCUCAAUAGUUCAUUUUUGGUUGUACUAUUAAAAAAAAGCAAUUAGUGAAGUAGGACAUGCAGUCGAAAUAAUACUUUUAUAUUGAAAAUAGACCAUUUAUAUUGAUAGAUUAAGAUAUACUUAGUGUAGUUGAGGUAGCAAUUUUCAAGUGGUGUGGGUACUUUUCAUACAAAUGCUUUUGUAGUAACUAAAACACAGUAGAGGAUGUGUUAAGUAAAGAGUUGAAAUAGGACCUUUAGUUGCAGUAGACCCUUGAUAGUGGAGAUUUGAUGUAGAUAUUGCUUAAGGAGGUAGACAGUGCUGUGGAAACACCACUAUCUAGCAGCAAUACUGCUUACAAAAUAGCUCAAUCUAAGGAAAUGCAAUUUUUAAAUUGUUUUGGUUGCCGGCACAGUAAAGACAACGUUUGGGUAGCUUUCGGAUGUUUUAUUUAGUUGCGGCAAUAUGGUGCUUGUGCAUUUACAAUUUUAUGCAACACAAACACUAUUAAAAAAAAGUGCAAGACUCUUUAUUCUUUUUUAGGUUUUCUCUAGAAGCAUUUUAAAAUUUCCAAUGUACUGUAUCAAAUUUCCAAUGUACUGUACAUUAUAAAGUGAGAAUGGUUCAGACAACCAUUAUUAAGUAAAGACUUGAUUUUGGAGAAUUGUCACAACUAAUUGCUAAUACUGUAUUAUACAUUUUUAUUACACAUGGCAUUGUUGAUUGCUGCCUCUGUAUAUUCUGAAAUAUUCUCACUCCACAGUACUGGCAUUAUUACCUUUGGGUGUCCACUACAAGAGCAUGCACUUUAAUACUAGUAUUUAUAUGGUAAUCUCAUCAGUCUGAUGACAACCAUAUGGCAAUUACAUCAAUCUGGUGGUAUUCAUGUGGUAAUCACAUCAGUGUGAUGGUAUUUACCCGGUAAUUGCAUAAAUCAGGAAAUUGCAAGGGAUUAGGUGUAUUUUGGCCAAAAUAGAGAUUGUCACACACGGUAAGAUUCAAGACCUGUAAAAGAUUGAGACAAAAAUACUGUAGUGUGCUCCAUAUAGAGAUGCAUGUCACUUCACAUGAGAAACCAAACCAUUUGUUGAUUGGUGAGAAUAUCACUCGGUAUGAAUGGGAAUAUUUGGCAGAUGAAGUGAAGGUGAAGUGUGAACCAAGUGUCUGGUGUCCAACCAUAUUUGUACCUAUGAUUGGUUCAUGAACACAUUUCCAUGCUGGCAAUGUUGCUUUUGAUGUUGUAAGAGAUGUUAAUUUGCAUGUGACAAUUGCUAAUGUGAAAGAAAACUACUUUUGUAGUGAAGUUAGUGUUUUUGAAUAAUGAAGAGUCUCACGAAGUAGAGACUUGAGUACUUCACUUCUGGAGAUAGUGUUGUAAAUUUAUGAAAUAGUGUUUUAUGUAGUGAGAAUAGAAUGCCAGUAAAAAUCACUGGAAUGGGGGGAUACUUUAUGCACUCAAUUAUCCCCCAAACUGUUUAACAUAUCAAUUCAUAAUUCUAUUUCGGGUAAAUAGUUGCUAAAGAUAUUGUCAUUAUGUAUGUUUUAUAAUUCUUCCGCAUUCAGUGUUGCUUCAGUUCUUUUUGUAGAAAUAUCAGUACCUGUACCGUAAUGCAUAAGCAUUUGAUGUGUUACUUGCUAACAAAUUGAAGCAACUGAGUAUCAUUGUAAUAUGGAAAUAAAGCAAAUUUUUGUUGUGAAGGAAUAUGGAAAGCUUUACAUUUUGUAAAUAUGUAUUGUAAUUUACAGUUUAUCAUCAUAUUUUAUAUUUUAAACCAAAUGGAAUCAUUAAUAAAAAAAUUCUAAAUG